AUGGACGAUUUCGAGCCGGGAAGGCGCAGCUGCAAGCAGAGUCUUCAGUACCACAACAAGCGACGUCGCAAGGGGGACCUGAAGACCCUCCGCAGCCCACAGCUGGGGUCCGGGCCACCAGAGGAGGGCCGCGCCAAGAGGGGCCCGGACGCAGGAAGAACAGCGAGCGUGGGAGGCGGCGGAGGGUGGAGAGGAGAGGAUCAGCGGCACAGAGCCACAGGAUCAUCCAGUGAUAACUCCGGAGACCCACGUGGAGCAGGCUACAGCCUUGCUGGUCAAGCCGGUCAAGCCGGUCAAGCUGGUCAAGCCGGUCAAGCCGGUCAAGCUGGCCAGGCAGUCGAAGAUCGGCGGGCAGAGGAAGACCAGCAGCACAGGAGCGACUCGAUGCAGGUUGCUCUAGCCAGUGCUGACCUGGUGCUGAGUCAGCACAGCAUGAGCAGUGGCAGCACGGGGUAUGGCGGCAGCCCGUCUUUUGAUCAAGGCGAGCGGCAGAGGAUGGGGCGGGGAUCUCACUUGGACCCUCCUCACCUUCCCUUUCAGCCGCUUCAGGGGCAACCAACGCUUCCGUUCCUCCUGCAGCAUCAGAACCUGCCGCAGCUGAGUCCGCCGCCGCCUCUCGUGCAGCAACCCAGCCAGACAGGCCGAAUGAUUCAGGUGCUUGCACCGCCACAGCAGCAGCACGGAGUUCUUUCCGUGAGCCACGGAUGGGGAGACGUGCAGGCUCAGCGGCACAUGCCCGCCUCGGCGAUAGAGGGCGCAGCAAGAACGCUAGCAACAGCAAGGGCGGCGGCGGUCAACUCAGGAGCAGCGGGGGACGGGAUCCUCCUCCCAAUGCCAUUCACUCUCCCAUCCUCUCCAUCUCUCCUCCCCUCUUCCUUCUCGCCCCAGCUUCUUCCAUUUCCUUACAGCAGCCCUCUUUCAGGCCGGUACUCCGGCCAACAGUACUCAGCCCACCCCUCCUCAGACCCACAAAUCAUCCCUGCCGCACUCCAAGCAGCACAAAAUGCUGCGGUGUCUGCAGAAGCAAUGUUCAGCCAGGGCCGCACGCCAACAACACUGGAUACGGCCACUCGAUCCCAUGAUCCAGCUGCUGAAGCACCAUGCGCAAUGCCGCACAGCACCCCUCCCUUCAUUCCCCAGCCGUUUUCCAUCGCGCUGCUGCAGCCGCCACAGGCGCAGUGGCAUGUGAAUGGGCGUCAACCAAGGCAGGCUGGCGAAGACGGUGAGGUGGAUCUGGGGUUUGGGAAGCUUGGAUUCGGAGAGGGGCGACCCGAGGGAGGAAUGAUGGGCGGUGGGAGAUGGGGAAUUGCGAGAGAGGGCGAGGGACUGGAGGGGCGCGGGACUGGAGAUGCAAUGGAUGUUGCUGGAUGGAGGGUUUCUGAGGCUCAUGAGCCUCGUGCUGUUGGAUUUGACAUGAGUGCUCUCACUGCUGCUGCUGCUGACGGUGCUGGUGGUGGUGGUGGUGGUGGUGGUGGUAAUGGUGGUGCCGGUGGUGCUGGUGGGCAUGGUGGGGUUGGCACAGCAGGAGCAGCAGUAGGUGGGAUGCAAGGAGGGAAUGAAGAAGGACAGAACGUAGGAGGCGCGGAGGGAAGAGGCCACGGGCAGAGUGGCGCAGAGGAAGGCGAGGAGGGGUUGACAGGGGAGCUGAGGGAGCUCGAGCCCUUGGACUUUGCUCCAUGGCCUGGCGGUUAUGGCGGCUUUGGUGGUCCUGACCUUGGCAACAGCUAG